AUGACGAGCUCUUCCUCCUCGCCCCCACCUACAAGCUUCCUGGAGCAGACCGUCUCGGUCAUCUCCAGCGUGGCGGGCUACAUGCGGCUUCCGGCCAUGGCCUCGACCGGCGUUGCAGCCGUCCUGACGUCCCUGUUGUAUUUCAAGCAAAAAUCCUUGAUCUAUUCCUCGAACAUGCCGCCAAACUCGCGCACCCAAGUCUCACGGCCUAGUCAAUUCAACAUCAAAGAUUACGAAGAGCUCAUGAUCCCGACGCCAGACGGCGAGAAACUCUCGGCCUUUUACAUUCGCGGUUCCCGAAACGGACGCAACUCGAACGUCACCAUUAUCAUGUUCCACGGCAACGCAGGCAACAUUGGCCACCGGUUACCCAUCGCAAGACAUCUGGUGGAGCUCAUGGGCUGCAACGUGUUCAUGCUCGAAUACCGUGGCUAUGGCUUGUCAACCGGCACUGCGGACGAGUCAGGACUCAUGAUUGACGCUCAGACCGGACUGGACUACCUCAGGGAUCGCGCCGAGACGAGGAAACACCGGCUGGUGGUUUAUGGACAAAGCCUCGGCGGUUCCGUGGCCAUCCGGCUGGUGAGUAAGAAUCAGGCUGCGGGGGACAUCGUCGGCCUGAUUCUGGAGAAUACCUUCCUCAGCAUGCGCAAACUCAUCCCCUCCGUCAUCCCGCCAACCAAGUACUUUGCUUUUCUCUGCCACCAAGUUUGGCCUUCCGAUGCGACUAUACCCAAUAUCACCAAGGUGCCCAUCCUGUUCCUGAGCGGGCAGCAGGAUGAGAUUGUUCCCCCAUCUCACAUGCGCCAGCUCUAUGAGCUCUCUGCGGCUCCGAAUAAGAUAUGGAAACCAUUACCGAAUGGAGAUCACAACUCGAGUGUCUUGGAGGACGGGUAUUUUGACGCCAUCUCGGACUUUGUUGCCUCGGUUGCGUCAGAACCACCCCGCUUAAGUGAGAAGAUAUGA